GCGCGUGUCGGGGCGGAGUCCAGGCACGGAAGUGGCCCCCUCUGGGGCCUUGAGAGGUGGGGCCAUCUACACCUCAUGAAUAUACAGCACAUCGGGGCGGUGACCGAGAGCUUCGCCAGGCCCAUAGGGGGCGCGACCAGCUGCAUUCAUGAAUAAUGCAACAGUCGGCGGGCCGUGCAGAGGAGUCUUUUUCACUGAGACCAUCAAUCCGAUUUCAAGGAAGUCAAGGGCACAUCUCCAUCCCCCAGCCUGACUGCCCCACAGAGGCACGGACAUUCUCCUUCUACCUCUCCAACAUUGGCCGUGACAGCCCCCAGGGCAGCUUCGACUGCAUCCAGCAAUAUGUCUCCAGCCAUGGGGAUGUUCACCUGGACUGCCUGGGCAGCAUCCAGGACAAAAUCACGGUGUGUGCCACCGACGACUCCUACCAGAAAGCACGGCAGAGCAUGGCACAGGCCGAGGAGGAGACACGGAGCCGUGGUGCCAUUGUCAUCAAGGCUGGAGGCCGCUACCUGGGCAAGAAGGUUCAGUUUCGGAAACCAGCCCCGGGGGCCACGGACGCUGUGCCCUCCCGGAAGCGGGCGACCCCCAUCAACCUGGCGAGUGCCAUCAAGAAGAGCAGUGUUGGUGGCAUUAGCGGGGGCAGUGGGGUGUCUCAGAGGCCUUUCCGUGACCGGGUGCUGCACCUCCUGGCACUGAGGCCCUACCGGAAGGCCGAGCUGUUGCUGCGGCUACAGAAGGACGGCCUGGCCCAGGCGGACAAGGAUGCGCUGGAUGGCCUCCUCCAGCAGGUGGCCAAUGUGAAUGCCAAGGAUGGCACAUGCACAUUGAAGGACUGUGUGUAUAAGGAUGUGCAGAAGGACUGGCCUGGCUACUCGGAAGGGGACCAGCAGCUGUUGAAGCGGAUGCUUGUCCGGAAGCUCUGCCAGCCGCAGAGUGCGGUGGGCCUCCCUGGAGACCCUGCUGCCGCCAGUCCUCCCAGGGAACGUGGAAGCUCGGCCUCACCCCCUCAGAAACGAUCACAACCUCCUGAUUUCACCGACUCCCUGGUCAGCAAGAAAACCAGGAUAUCCCAUUUUACCCAGAGAGCUCAGCCUGCCGUCAAUGGGAAGCUGAGUGCAACCCAUGGCCGUGAGGCCCUGCUGCCCACUCCGGGCCCACUAGCUGGCACAGAUGCCCACCUGCCCCCGCGGUUGGAGCCCCCGAGGAUCCAUGACCCUCUGGCUGACGUCAGCAAUGACCUGGGCCACAGUGGCCGGGACUGCGAGCAUGGGGAAGUGGCCACCCCAGCCCCAACUACGUGCCUCAGCUUGCCCCUGCUGACGGACUGUGCCCAGCCCAGCAGGCCCCAUGGUGGCUCAUCACACAGCAAAUCCAAGAAGAAGUCCAAGAAGCACAAAGACAAGGAGAGAGCAACUGAGGACAGACACCGGGCCCGGUUGCCAGACCACAUGCCCAGCCCCUUAGGAGCCCCACCAGAUGCUCCGGCCCCUGCCUCAGACGCACUGGAGAAGGUUCCAGGUUUGAAUGGGACCUGCAACAGCUCAAGCGUCCCCACCUCGACCUCAGAGACCCCCGACUACUUGCUAAGAUACGCUGCCAUCUCCUCCCCGGAGCAGCGGCAGCGCUACAAGAACGACUUCAACGCGGAGUACAGCGAGUACCGCGGUCUGCACGCACGCAUCGAGCGGGUCACACGGCGCUUCACGCAGCUGGAUGCCCAGCUCCGGCAGCUCCCGCAGGGCUCCGAGGAGUACGAGACUACUCGGGGGCAGAUUUUGCAGGAAUAUCGAAAAAUCAAAAAGACCAACACCAACUACAGCCAGGAGAAGCACCGCUGCGAGUACCUGCACAGCAAGCUGGCCCACAUCAAGAGGCUCAUUGCCGAGUACGACCAGCGGCAGCUGCAGGCCUGGCCCUAGCCUGAGUCCACGGGGCAGGAGGUCCUGCCUGGCUCGCUAGGCCAGCUCCCCUUGCCGGGCGACCGUUCUGGAUGGCGGGGGAGCUGGGGGCGGGGGGGAGGGGGGGGAGCUACAGAGCGGAAAAAGAGAUUUAUUUAAAAAAAUAAACACGAGGAAGACACGUUCAUCUGAGCCAGCAACGCCGGCUUUCAGGGGAGCCCCUGCAGACCUGGUGCCCUCAGCUCACAGACUGAGGUGGGGUGGCCGGCGUCUCAUCCCACCCCCCCACCCCCCCCACCCCAGCCCACCACACCUCCUGAGGAGCCCCCACCCGGGAUGGGCUGUUCAGGAAGCCCACCUCCUCUCCGGCCCACAGCCCCAGGGGCUCCAGCGUCCCCUCAUGGAAAGACUCCAAGGCCAGCCUGCCUGCCUUUUCUAGUUUUAUACAAAGACAGCCACUUUUAGCUCCUGCUUAUGAGACUUCCGUCUAUUUUUGUAUGAGAGAGAAAGCGUCUUUUCUAAACCUGUGCCUCCCCUCCUUGGACACCAGGUCUAGAUGCUGCCCUGUGUCCUUCCUGCAGUAUUACAGAUGCCUCUGAAAGUUCAGAGUUGUUCCCCAGGGCUGAGGGGAGACCCGAGGAGGGGGGGUGGCGGGGGUGGGGAGGGUGCAGCCGGCUGGCCUCCUGUGCUUGGGUCUGGCUGUGCUCCUGCCCCGGGCCCUCCCUCUGGUCCCCGCCUCUCCCCGCCCAGGCCAGGACGGGGUCUCUAAGGGGGUGGAGGCCCGCCCAGGUCUAUUUCGAGAACUCCAGCUGGCCCCGGAGCAGCUGCUGGGAGCUGCAGGGGCAGAGCUGCGGGCCGAGCGGCUCUCAGCCCACCAGGCCUUGCCCCGCUAUUUCAGGCCCUCAGCUGUAGGGGGUCACCGGGGGUUUUGUGCCAGAGCUCACACUGCAGCAGCAGUGUCGGAUUUUAUUUUAUUAUGUUCUCAGUCUCCCCCCUUUGCUGCUGCUUUUCUUUUCGCGCUGAGACCGAGUGGUCUCCAUGCUGUUGACCUCACUCCAUCCCUCAGUCCGCUUGUGGGUCUUGGGGUCAUCUUAGCAGAGCCACCGCAGGGUUUGCACUCAGGGAGGGGCUGGGGGUCGAUGGGGUCAGGGGACCCCCCGAGAGUGAGCUCAGAAAACGUGCCCUCUCCGCUCACUCUGGGGGCAUGGGAUCCAUGGACACCAUAAUUGCUGCUUAGUAGCCGUGCCUAGUCUAGUGUCCCCCAAAGUGUCGGGGGACCACGCGCACGCAUGCGCGUGUGUGCGCGUGUGCACGCGUGUACGUGUGUGGGGGGGGGCCCUGCCGGCAUGCAGUGGGGCCUGAGGCGUGUGUUCACAUUCAGCGAAGCCACCCAGGACUGGGGAAGGCGGAGGGAGUGGCUGCAACCUGGAGCCGGGGGCUCGCAAGCUGGGGGAUGUGGGGGGGUGCUGCCACCAACAGUAGUGAGGCAGGGAGAGCAGAAAUGCUCAGUAGACAUGUCUAUUUUUCUAAGCCACGGGGACAUCUCCUCAUGGCUUCCCAAAGAGCAGGCGCCGAGUGGAGGCACCUGCAGUAUGCCCGCCCCGCCCCACCAGCUCCUGCCCGGGGACCCCUGGGAUGCCCCGAGCACCAAGGGAACUGAUCCUUCAUGUUUCAAUGGCUGUUGUUUUGUUUUUCAUUUGGGAUGGAGUGGGGGGUGCAGGCCCCAGGGACCCCCGAGUUCUGCAAACAGCCAUGUCAUGUGCUCAGCUGGACAUGCAGACUCGGGUGAAGGAUUAUUUAAGGAGGCUGCAGCCUAAGGGCUGACCCGGCCCUCUGCCCUGGGAACCAGUUCAAGGGACUCUAAGUUGAAUUUCCUUUUUGUUGUUGGCUUUUUGUUGUUUUGUUGUUGUUGUUUUUCUCCUUUUAAGGAAUUAUGAAGCUAAGAAAAGUUUUGUGCUUUGGGGGAUGAUGGACGAAAGUCCUAGCUGAUUAAAUAUGGUCUAACUUAUUGAUACUGUGUUUCCCCCCCCCCCUUUUUUAAUAUUGUACUGUGGAGAAAAACUAUUUUGAGCCAUGGAGUUGGUGUUUACAAGAACUUUUCACUUUUGCCAAAAUGUUACGAUUGAAAGGCAUCCGCGUCUUCAGUUUCCUAAUAUUUUCUUAAAAGAUCUAGUGUCCUUUUUGUACACUAAACAGGUGAAUGCUGAUUUUUUCAACCUACAAUAAAUUUCACUGAACUGAACCUA